AUGAUUGUUGUAUUUCUGAUUCUUUUUGUUAAUGCUUUUUCAACAUACUGUAACACUUAUGAAGAUCAAGGAAAUAUUUAUUGGUGUGAUAACGGUAAUCAGAAUGGAUUUAGUAUAAUUUCUUAUACCAACGGAAAUUAUAUCUUGAACAUAUUUUCUGUAAGCGCAACAAGUAUUACAUUCACUCCAAACAACGAUUCAACAGUUCGCCUUCCAGAUGUACGAUUUAAUGGAGGGAGUUACAGUAAAGUUGUAUUACAGACUGACAACUCCAAGCAGCCAUUUACAGUCCACAAUCUGAAUAUAGACAAACUUAUUUUAAAUUUUAAAUGGAUCAAUACUGAGUUUACACAAAUAGACUCUACAAUUAAUGCUAGAGUUUUUGUGUAUAACAAACCAACCUUUAUUAAAUCGAUGAUCAAUGAAAGAAUGUACUUGGUGUUUAAAACAAAGUUCAAUGAGACUAACAAUUUAUAUGUAAAUAUUGACUUCACUUCAAGUGUAUUUGAUGUAUAUCCAAUCAUUGGCUUUAUAUCUUCAAUUCCAAUGUUGGACAAUUAUUUUGUUAAUAAAAAAUGCGUCUACCUCUUUUCUGGUAAUGCUGUUACAAUCAAAAAUGUGUAUUUGCAAGACUCUAAAUUUCUUAUAACAAACUAUGGAGUUCUUUCAAUAUGCAGACGUGACAAUUAUAACAGAUUUGUAUUACAACAACAACCAGUUACAUACACAAACGAUUGUUCUUGUAAAAUGUUAAAUAGAAACGUUGCGAUGCAAACUACACUUUUCAAUUAUCCAGAUUGUAUUUAUAAUUCAUCAGACCUUGACUUAUACACAACAAAUACAGAUACAACAACUACAAUUAGUGAUUUAAAUGUGUGGAAUACAAUAAUUUUUAUGAAAUCAUAUCAAUCAUUAAUUAUUGGAACCGAUAUUAUAUUAACUUUAAACAAACUUUUUGUCAUACAAGGAGGGUGUUAUUUUUAUGGACUUGUCAAAAUAAAAAAACAGAUACAUUCACAAAACAGAAUACCAAUAUAUUUUGAAACCACACCUUCUUUUGGUUAUACUACUAAUUAUUUAACAAAUGAUGUCAUUUUUUAUUACAAAACAAAGAGCAGUUCUUUUGAUUUAAUUACAGAUGUGACCAAAUGUGAACAUGCUGUUAUGCAUUCCAACUCAGACUGUAGUACAAGUCAAAAAUGUUAUUUGAGUGGAAGUUCGACUGUACCCACAGCAACUACAUAUAAUGGAAAUACCAAUUUGUUUUGUGGACUCAAUACACUCCCUUUUCUAUUUGAUCUGGUAUUCUCUUCAACGUUUGGAGGGAGUUAUAAAAUCAGUGGAGAGUCGUAUUGGAAUCAACUUUACUGUUUGGCAACGAAUUGUAACUUAAGUUCUACCAAUGUUAUUGAUAUCAAGAAAAUAGUUGUUGACAACACUUUUGGAGAUUUAAUUUUGAACACAGAGAUUAUUAUUGAAAACUAUGAAAUUACUACAACUAAAACAUAUUAUGUCAUGAUGAAUAUGGACAUAGCAACUUUAAAAAUUGAUAUACAAAACAAUAUGAAUACAAACAUUCUAUUUGUUAUUAAUAACGGUACUUUGGCUAUUAAAAAUAUUGAAAUUGGCUUUUCCGUGACAACAUGUAUUGAUAUUGUUUCGUCCAAAACUUCAAUAACAGAAUACUCAAGUGUUACAAUUACAAAUUCAAAUUACAAAAUUAUGACUGAUUUACUAUCACAAAGAUUACUUAGAAUAUGCCCAACCAACAAUGAAAAUUCAACAAUUGCGUGCAUUGAAAAAGCAUCACCAAUUGCAACAUCAAUAACUUCCUAUUAUAAAUACCCUCAUUGCCCUUGUACACAAUCAAAUUGCGUUGUACAAUUUUCUGGUGAUGUUUUUAAUUUACAAAACGUACAACUUCAAGGAACUCUAAUGAUGAAAUAUCACUCUUCUUCAGUAGAACCAAAUAUUAUAAAUGUGAAUAAUAUCAAUUUUCUCAAAACAGAAUAUGGAAUGAAUAAUGCUAUUCACUUGUAUAAAUCUGUUCAUGUUGAAUUUGGUAAACUUACAAAAUAUGAUUCUACUCAAGUAUUAAAAUUUGACUCACCAUUUGUUGUUGACGGAACCAACAUUUUGAAAUGUGCUCUUUUUGCUGAAGUUCAUUUCAUAAAUAAACAGUUUACAAUUGAUUCAUUAAGAAUUACAAAAGAUACAGUAACAUCUGUUGUUGAGACACAGUAA